AUGGCCAAGAGAAAGAGAAAUGAUGCCCCUAAGGAGGAGGCACCCGCCCAAUCCCCUUCAAAGACUGUCAAAUCUAAAGCUACCCCAUCGCAAGCUCUAGAUGCAGCUGUGACCGUUCAAGUGAUCACAGGUUCCUAUGAGCGGGUGCUGCACGGUUUCACUGCCGGUCUUCCUGCUUCCGUCUUGCAACCCAAGAAGGAUUCCUCGAAGGAGUCCACCCCCGAGAUCCAAUGUGUUGAUACCUUCUUGUUUGAAGCCCAUGGAUCGGCUAUCCGCUGUCUUGCGCUUUCUCCACUGCCCAAGCCUACCGACAAAGGUGAUGGGCAAAAGAUCAUUCUGGCAAGUGGCUCCACUGAUGAGCGUAUCAAUCUUUACUCGAUAUCCGCUGCCCCGCCGGCCGUCAACGAUGAUUAUCCCUCGGUGCCGACUCUAGCCGGAAAUAAAAUCCUCGAAAACCCAAGAAACCGCGAAUUGGGAUCCUUGUUGCACCACACCGCCAGCAUUUCCGCCUUGAGCUUCCCCUCCCGCAGCAAGUUACUCGCCGCUGGCGAAGAUAACAGCAUCUCUGUAUCAAAAACCCGUGAUUGGACUGUCGUUUCGACCAUUAAAGCGCCACGCCCCAAGGUCUAUGGCCGACCCAGUGGUGACACUGCUGCAGAGGGCGCCUCUCCAGCGGGAGUGAACCACUUUGCUGUGCAUCCUAGUAUGAAGCUGAUGCUGAGUGUUGGCAAGGGAGAGAAAUGUAUGAGACUCUGGAAUUUGGUGACCGGUAGAAAGGCCGGUGUACUGAACUUCGAUCGGGAGUUACUACAAAGUGUUAAGGAGGGCAAGUACAGCAAAGGAGAGGGACAGCGCAUCGCUUGGAACGCCGCUGGCGAAGAGUUUGCGGUGGCUUUCGAAUGGGGUGUUGCGGUGUUUGGAAUUGAUUCGACCCCCAAGUGCCGAGUUGUCCCCACUCCACGAAGCAAAAUUCACCAGAUGAAGUAUGUUUCACGGCCCACAAAAGGAGAUGAUAAGGAGGACUUGCUGGCCGUUUCCACUGAAGAUGGCCGUGUCAUCUUCUAUUCAACCCAAGAGCUACAGGAGGUAGAGGAUGACGCCGACUCAGUCAUUCCUCAUGCGACUCCAGUUGCUCAGGUUGGUGGAAAAGAAGCCGGUUUCCCAGGACGCAUCAAGGAUUUCGACGUCUUGAGUCUGGAGAACCAAGCGAAGGACCUUCGCGAUGCGGCUCUGGUUAUUACUGGUAACAGUGAUGGUGUGGUUCGUGUCUGGAAGGCUACUAGCAAAGAUCUUGUCCUCUCCAAGAAGUCCAAGGGCUCCAAGGAGACUAUUCCUCAGGUUGGCAGUCUGCUGAGUACCUAUGAAACUGGAAACCGCAUCACCUGUUUGUCAUCUUUUAUCAUGUUACCGGCGGAGGAUCCAGAUACUCUGAUCGACUCUGAGGAUGAUGAGGAAGAUGAAGCAGAGUCGAGUGAUGAGAGCGAUGACGAGUAA